AUGAGGUACGCCGUUCCCCUACUCUCCGCGGCGACCAUCGCGCUCGCCCGCGUCGACAUCAUGCUGCCGCUAUACACUCCACCCGGCGCUCCGCUUCUACCUGGUCAUAAACCGUUCAACGGUCCCACAAACUCCUCCGACCUGGGCUUCACCCUGCCACCAACGUUGCGCUACUCAACGCCCUGCCCAACGCCCAGACCAAUCGGCUACGUGUCGACGGCGUACGCCACGGGGGUGCGCAACCGCACCGAGGCCGCCAUAAAGGCCGACAUCGACAACUGGGCGAGCUGGCAGACGCAGACCUCGUGGAGCGGGCCCGGCGCCAAUAUCUCGAUCAACGGUAUUUGGUUCGACGAAACGAGCGGUGACGCGGCGGACUUUGCCUUCUAUCAGCGGCUAACAGCGCACGCGGGCCAAGCCUUCGCCGGCCGGCAGUACAUCACGGUGCUAAACAUCGGCGUGCGCAUGGACGCCGCAUACGAGCGGCAGAUGUUCGACCUAGCCAGCGCCGUCGUCACGCGCGAGACGUGCUGGCAAGAACCAUCAACCGCCAACGCGGUCGAGUGCCCGCCCACGUACACGCCGUUUGACGCCGCCACACUCCAAAACAGCAGCGGGUUGCCGGUCAACGCGGACCUGUACCCCAAGGCGUCGGUCAUCGUGCACUACGUGCAGCCGCCGCGAGAGUUGGACGGCGCGAUGCUGGCGGAGCAGAUACGGCAGACGGUGGCGUACGGCUUCCACAGCGCCUACUUCACCAGCGCGAAGCUGUGGGAGACGACGACGCUGGGGCCGGCAACGGUUGGGGCGGUUGCGCAGGCGAUGGCGGAUGCGCAGGUAUAG